AUGAAAACGUUUAUUGCUUCCAGGAUCAAAGACUGUAAUCUCCCCAUUGGUCUAAAUCGAACUCCUUUCCCAUCAGAGAAUAAAUCAGACUUCUGGAGUAUUUUUUAUGAACGUCAGUGGCGAUAUUGUGUUCCAGUAUUCGAUGGACGGUUGGUGGAUAAGCAUUUUCAUCACAGCCGUGUACUCCCUGUCGUGAGUAAGGAACAAAUUGCGCAAGGUGCGACUGCGACGACAUUCAAGAUUCAAAUCCAUCACAUGUACGAUAGAUUUGAGAAGAUCUCAUGGUCCCAGAACGCGAACAUCGCAAGUACAUAUGCCCUCAAGAGUUUUGUCGGGCGAGACUCGCAGUACUACUUUAGCGAGCUUGAAACCUAUCAAAUCCUACCUCAAUCUGGCGACCCCAGCUUGAUUCACUAUUAUGGUAGCUACAGGCAGGACGAUACAUACAACAUCGUUCUUGAACUGGCGGAUAGAGGCUCAUUGGAGCAGUACUUGUCCUACUGUCAACCUCCUGCUAGUGGCGCAGACAUUCUCCAAUUUUGGGGAGGCCUGUUCAAAAUCGUACAUGGAUUGGUUUGCAUACACAACGUUGGACACCAUUCACUUCGUCAUGGUGUCCAUCAAAACAUCAAACCUGCAACCAUUCUAGUUAAAGACAAUGGUUUGGGCUCACAGUACGGUUGGGAAUUUAAACUCGAAGGUCUUGGAUUUUGCCAAUUUAGCUAUGAUGGCAAUUUCCCGAUCCAUACCAAAUUUGGAACUCGUACCUAUGGUAGCCCAGAAUGCUAUCUAAAGAGGCCAGGGUCAAGUGUCAGCUUCAACCAGAACAUUGACAUCUGGUCGCUUGGCUGCGUAUUCAGUGAAGUAGCUGUGUGGAUUGCAAGCGGAUACCAUGGAGUGCAAAAUUACCGAAAUCUUCGAACGACAGAAGCGGCUCACCAACUCAGCGACUCCUUCCAUAAUGGCAAAUCGGCUCUCGGAGCUGUUAGGACAACCCACCUUCGCCUAACUUCAGGCUUACUUGGAUCGGAUACGGUUACGGCUGCGGUUAUAUGUCUCGUGGAGGGCCACAUGAUGGUUCCUUCAGAUCGUCGUAUGACCGCAUAUCAAGUCUGGGAAGAAUGUCAGGGGAUACUUUCGCAGGCUGAAGCAGUCCUAGAGCGCAGGAAAGACAAGGCACCCCAAGCGAAACCACUAUUAAAUCUUGAUCGAGAACGCGAUUUCGACCGAACUAAACAGAAGUCCGGUAUUGAUAUUUCUCCAGAUACGCUUCCAAAUAAGCAAGAUCAAAGGAGUACCCAUGAUGUCCAAGCUUCCUCGAGAAUACAUCAACCAAACAAAGAUGGGGGCAAGUUUUCUUCGCCUCUCCAGCAGUCUUUGCAAUCAUCACAUCACUUCCAUCGUGAUGGACGGCCUGAAGAUCUUGACGAAAAAGAAGACUUUCUAAGCAGGCGUCCCAAGAGGUAUAUGGGUGAAGCUCCGUAUCUGUCCGUUCAGCAAGCCUCUGGGUGGAAAGAUCAAGCCAAGUCCUUAGGUCGCAACAGCCUGGGUAGGAGGGUCAGGGCCGAGCCUCCUCCUGGAUCAAGCCUUCAAGGACUUCCGCAUGACUAUCUCAGAAAAGAGCUACAAGAGAGAAAACACGUUUUCUUGAUCGACAAUACUAAGACGAUGAGACCCUACUGGCAAGAAUUGACUACCCUAGUUGGAUUGCUAGCAUAUAUUUUGAAAUCAGAAGACUAUAUCGAGAUGUUCAACAACAGCAUUCCCCCUCUAAAAUCGCGGAAGUCAACCACACUGGUGGCGUCCCUUAUGAACUGCGGUUUUACGCCAAUUUCAAAUAUUGCUAAUAGGCUGCGGAACAUAUUUGAUGGAUAUGUAGCUGAGCUCCAGAGAAACCCGUCCGUCAAACCGAUGAACUUGUAUGUCUUGACUGAUGGCAUGUGGGGACCUGGAUUCGAUGUGACCGUACCGAUACGUGAACUUAGACAGGAGUUGCGUAACCGUUCCUUGCCAGCUGAUAUAGUUGCAAUACAAUUUAUUAAGUUCGGACACGCCGGUCCGCAGCUGAAUGACAUCAAGGAUUGGGAUACCAUAGACUCUGAGUUUGUUAAAUUGGAGUACUCCAACGGAAACAUAUGGAAAAUGCUACUGGGAGCCACUGAUUUAUUCUUUGACACAUCCAAAAUAGAAGAGACUAUUCCCCUGAGACCUCUAAUGCCUUUUGAGUUCCGGGAGCAGCUAUUGGAAGAGCGCCUUAAGCUUGCACCCGUGCGUACACUGCCGCCAUCUCCAGUUCCUGGUGUCGGUACAGACAAUGUACAAAAUAUCCAUGAUCCACUGUCCUCGCAUGGGACGGAUAGCCCAUCCACCGUUCUAGACCCGACCAAUGAGCUGGUACCAUUUUUCAGAAAUUCCAAUGUGGACUCGGGACCAUUUCAUGACUCUGGUUAUGAAGGCUCUACCGAAAGACAACGAUCCGUCAUUGCAAGGUCACUACCCGAAAGUUCUUUCAUAGGAGUGCUUUCUUCUCCUGGCACAGAGGGCGAAACAAAGAAUGUUGGCUCUGUCAAGCCUAGUGAACAGGAAGUUACUUUGCCAGAGACGACUAUGCUACGGGACCAAGAGUAUGAUAUACGGUCCAUCAUUUCUGACGACAUCGAUAUACAAUCGAAAAGAUCAUCGAAAGCCACGUACCAGGAACGCAUUGCAGAAGAGAAUUUGGGGUAUCUACUUGCCCGAAAUCCACAACUCAGACCUUUGUCUGAAGAGGCUCUGCGCCGGGUUGGCAAGAUUCGGUUUGUCGAUAACCUUCGGCGACUGCUGAAACGAUACUACAUCGAGCUCCGCCCCAUUGCAACGACGAAACUGGAGGUUGCGACAGUGAAUUUACUGAGAAGCAGGUACAGCAGAGCGAGACUUUCACAACAAAUGUCCGACAUAUUGGCUCCUGAACAUGAUGAGGCGGAUGAGCAACAAGUUCAACAAGCCGCGAUCACACGACAAGAGUUGGAGAAUUGGAUCGUUCGUAAUCCAGAAUUUGUCCCUCAAGAGGAACUCGACGACUUCGAUCUGGACAUUGACGAGUCAAGCUCUGACGACGAAGAACCUGUUCAAGUUGCAAAAAUUCCGGUGGCCGAAGUGCACGCAGAAAUUGAAGAACCGAAUCUGCCGAAUCUUACUCAAAUGGAGAGCUUCCUCUUGACGUGCGGGGGUGGAAGUCCUUUUCAGACACUCUCCACGCAUCUCCGGAUUUUCCUCCUUCCACCAACACUUGGUCCACUAGUUCGAAUCCUCAUGUCUCUACCAGCGGAGCGUGUUUGGCUAGACGACCAGGACGAUACAUCGUUUUCGAACAAGUCAAAGGCUUUUAUAGAGGAUGUGACCGAAGAAAAUUGGAACUGGUGGCCCCUUCGAUCGCGAAUGCGACCAUUGGGCAAGGACCAGAUGCGACUGAAUUGGAUAUGUCACUGUAACACCCAUCUUUGGACAGAGCUGCCUAAGCUCACCGCUGAAAAGCUGCAAGCACUGGUCCAGGGCAAGCCGCCGAACACGCAAUCACUCCAUCUGUGCGCCAAACGUUCACGAUAUUCAGUAUCAAUGUACGCAAAAAUUAUGCAAGCUGCUGGAGUUGCGCAAAGCUCUACUGGCACAAAUUCGAAUCAUUCAUCUUCAAACGCAGCGACUGCCACCACUGGUAUACAGCUUAGCCAGUUGGGACCACCCGGACCAAGCAGGCCUGUUGCGUCCCCUCCAGCCGCAGGUCCUUCAGUCUCAGGCGGCCAAGGCGUUCAAUUGAACAUCAACACCGGCACUAUAAGCGACUUGUUUGUCUUGUUCGGAAUCAAAGGUAGUCGCCGUACUCUUGACCUGGCCCAGAUCGAUGUUUCAAAGAAUAAAGAGGACCGUAUUUUCUUCCAGGAUCUCCGCCGUGAAUAUCGACAGCAAAGAGGAUUCUGGAGAUAUUGGUUCUCUGUCUGGAAGCUCCGUCAUUGCGACUUUGUCAAGUUUGAGAAAAUUCGCGCCAAUCGAAUCAUCUCUAAUGAGAAACCUGACCUGCCAGUCAACCAUCUCUAUGUAUACAAGCCCAAACCUCCGAACGCAGAUAUACCACCAAUCGAUCCCCACGAGUUCGAACUCAGCCUCUCGCCAUGCAAUUCGUUCUGCAUGUUCAAGCCAUUCCACGAUUGCAUCGAACCUCCUGACGGCGGCUUAGCACUUGAAAGGAUUCCAAAACGGAAAGAGGCGCUCGAGCUGAAAGUUGGGACUCGAGAACAGGCAUGGGGUCUACUAACGCAGUAUUCGAUCUCUGCUCUACUUUUGCUCGUCUAUCUCAUUAUGUGCUUCACACCUUUCGUGGGAUUCUGGGCUUGGUGGCAAGUCAGACAUCCGGAUGAUCUGCAGAAUGCGUCUACGCCUUUGAUGGUUUUUGCUACUUUGCUUUGCGUGUGGUUUGCUUCGCUGGUAUAUUUAAAGGGCCAGUGA